GUUGUUCUAGCUCAGUUUAAGUGGUUUUGUUAGAAGUGAGAGGCGGGUCCUGUCUGGUUAUAGUGGGCGUGAAUGGGCAUAUAAGACCCAGCGUUGAGAGUACACGCACUCCGUCUGCUGAGGCAAUAACGCUCCUCUCCAAGUGAAAAUGUCCCAGUCAAUUCUCGACACUAUGCCUGGAGCCUCCACGGGCACCGUGGUGGUCACAGACCAUCUGAAUUUCUGGGGUGGGAAGAGAGUUAAACCCCGAGAGGAGAAAAACGUAGAGCCCGUGUUUGAACCUGCAACUGGCCGCGUCUUGUGUCAGCUGUUCCCUUGUGGGUGCGAGGAGGUAGAUGAGGCCAUAAAGAGCGCCCACACUGCCUACCUAACAUGGAGCAAGAUGGCCGGCAUGGAGCGGGCUCGUGUGAUGCUGGAGGCCGCCCGCAUUAUCAGGGAGAGAAGAGACAACAUUGCAAAGCUGGAAGUAAUCAACAACGGCAAGUCCAUCACUGAAGCACUGGUGGAUAUUGAUAUUGCAUGGCAGUGUAUUGAGUACUACGCUGGUCUGGCUGGUACACUUGCAGGCCAACACGUCCAGCUCCCUGGAGGAGCAUUUGCUUACACCAGGAGGGAGCCCCUUGGUGUGUGUGCUGGAAUUGGUGCAUGGAACUACCCCUUCCAGAUCGCUGCAUGGAAGUCUGCUCCUGCUCUGGCAUGUGGUAAUGCCAUGGUGUUCAAGCCCUCUCCAAUGACUCCUGUGACUGCUGUUAUCCUGGCUGAGAUCUACAAAGAGGCUGGAGUUCCAGAUGGGCUUUUCUGUGUGGUUCAAGGUGGAGCAGAGACUGGCAGCUUGCUCUGCCAGCACCCAAUGAUUGCUAAAGUCUCUUUUACUGGCAGUGUGCCCACAGGCAAAAAGGUCAUGGAAAUGUCUGCAAAGGGGGUGAAGCAGGUGACUCUUGAGCUCGGAGGAAAAUCUCCACUCCUCAUCUUCAAAGACUGUGAGCUGGAGAACGCAGUGAAGGGAGCGCUCAUGGCAAACUUCCUGACACAAGGACAGGUUUGCUGCAAUGGGACCAGGGUGUUUGUGCAAAGAGAGAUCAUGCCCCAAUUCCUGGCAGAAGUGGUGAAGAGGACCAAGGUCAUUCCUUUGGGCGACCCUCUGCUGGACAGCACCCGGAUGGGAGCACUGAUCAGCAAACCACAGCUGGAUAAAGUGCUGAGAUAUGUGGAGCAGGCCAAGAAAGAGGGAGCCAAAGUGCUUUGUGGGGGAGAGCCUUUUGUCCCCAGUGACCCCAAACUUAAAGGGGGCUACUUCAUGUCACCCUGUGUUCUUGAUAACUGCAGAGAUGACAUGACCUGUGUGAAGGAGGAGAUCUUUGGCCCAGUCAUGUCUGUGUUGCCAUUCGACACAGAGGAGGAAGUGAUCAAGAGAGCUAACAACACCACCUUUGGACUGGCCUCUGGAGUUUUCACCAGGGACAUUUCUCGAGCCCAUCGUGUGGCUGAGAACCUGGAGGCAGGGACCUGCUUCAUCAACAACUACAACAUCAGCCCUGUGGAAGUGCCAUUUGGAGGAUACAAGAAUUCAGGUUUUGGCAGAGAGAAUGGCCAGGUUACGAUUGAGUACUACUCCCAGCUGAAGACUGUAGUGGUAGAGAUGGGUGACGUUGAGAGCCUGUUCUAAGGACAGCUUAACAAGUUUGCAUUGCUGUGUCAGAACUGUGGAUAGAACCCUUCCCUGUUUAGUUAUGUGCUAUGCAAACAGGAGAACAUGCAGCACUCUUUUGUAAAGAUGAAGAGGAAUAUCUGCUUCUUACAUGUUUACAAUUCACUACUUUUUCUACUUUCAAGUGGACCUACACUUUAGCACUGAGCAGGUAAAUGUAAACAAACCCUGGUGUCAUUCCAGCUGCUUCAUAGAAAAAAGAAUACUUGCUAGUGUUUGUGGAAAAAUUACCACGAGCCUUAAUUAGAAAUACUGUAAUAUAAUUUCAAGGGAGUAGUUACCUAACAGCUGGUUUCAAGUUUUUAUAUCGUAUUCUUACCUGUUGCACAUUUUUUGACUAACAAAUGCCCUUUUGUCAAAAUAAAUUGUUUAAAU